UGUGGUCUCGGUGUGUGUGUAUGUGUGUGUGUGUGUGUGUGUGUGUGUCAGCAGAAUAAAACGUUAGAGCUGUCGGUGCACAGACAGACAGAGAAAGAAAUCGGUUGGAGCCUCGGUCCGGAUUUAUCCUGAAGCCUGAACCCGGUUCUGUGUGUGUGUGUGUGUGUGUGUGGCGGGAGCACCGGUACCGGUCCGGUCCAGUCCGGGUCCAUGAUGGCCUGAUCUGAUCUGGAGCCCGGCUGGCCGGUCAGCUGCAGCAGCUGAAAGACCUCCGAGAUGCUCCAGAGCUCCUCUCUGCAGCUGCACAACAACAACACCGACAGCGAUGCUGUUCAGACGGAGAGCCAGGAUGUUGCGGUGGCUGGUCUGUGGUCGGGUGGGCCCAGUCUGGAUGUGGAAAGCGCUGCUGCUCUUCGUUGCCAUUGGGUUCGCUGGCCAGCUGUUGGGGGUCAUCUUCAACAAGAGCAGCGUCCAGCCAGCUGUUCGCUCCAUCUUCACAUCCCCUGACGCCCAGGGCCCCUCUCUGGGCUCCUGUCAGCCCCACACCCACAUCACGUUCCUCAAGACCCACAAGACGGCCAGCAGCACCAUGCUCAACAUGCUGUACCGCUUUGGAGAGGAGCGCGACCUCCGCUUCGCCCUGCCGCUGGGCUACCAGCUGGGCUACCCGCUGCCCUUCAACGCUCACAGGGUCAAAGGUUACCGGGGUCCCAGGGCCGUGGAGUUCCACAUCAUGUGCAAUCACAUGAGGUUUAACAAGCCCGAGGUGGAGAAGGUGAUGCCUGCGGACACGUUCUAUUUCUCCAUCAUCAGGAACCCGGUCGCUCUGGCCGAGUCCUCCUUUGCUUAUUAUAAAGAGGUGGCGCCCGCCUUUCGGAAAGCCAAAAGCUUGGGCGACUUUGCCGACGACCCCAACAAAUACUACGACCCCCGUCUCCGCAACAACCACUACGCCCGCAACCUGCUGAUGUUCGACUUCGGCUUGGACCACAACGCUAAUUUCUCCGCGGUGCUGGCUCAGCGCGCCGACGACAUGAUCCGCCAGUCCUUCCACCUGAUUCUAGUGUCCGAGUACUUCGACCAGUCCAUGAUCCUGCUGAGACACGCCCUCUGCUGGCCGCUGGACGCCGUCGUCUCGUUCAGCCUCAACGCUCGGCAGCAGAAGCCCGGCGGCGGCGUGAGCUGGGUGAGCAAAGUGGCGGCGGCCGGCGGCGGCGUUAGAGGGAUACGACCUCAAGCCAAGACGCUGAUCAAUAUAACGGAGGAACAGCGGGAGAAGCUGCGGCAGUGGAACGCCUUAGACUGGCACUUAUAUAAAACUUUCAACCGCUCUUUCUGGGAGGAAAUCAACAGGUUCGGUCUCGCCCAGAUGGAGGAGGAAGUAGCUCUUCUCAGGACGCGGCGGGAAGAUCUGGCCCGGGUUUGUCUCAGGGACGGCGGGAAGCCCGUGGAGGCGCACCGGAUCCGAGACAAAAACAUCCGCCCGUACCAGAGCGGAUUAGUGAAGAUCCUCGGCUACGAGCUCCAGCCGGGGCUGGACAACGCCACCAGGGCGGCCUGUCUGAAGAUGAUCAGGCCCGAGAUCCAGUACAAAGACGUGCUGGAUGCUAAACAGUUCCCACGGGCUCUGUCGGGCCCAGCCCAGCCGGGGCAACAGAACCAGCAGGGCGCGAUUGCGGCAGCUGGCGCCUCGCUUUUAAGACAAGACUCGUCCAGGACAGGGGAGAGGGCGGUGGGGGGGGACGCCGGUGGGGGGAGGACGGUGGAGGAGGCGAACAGAGACAGAGACUGGGAUGGAAGCCGCCUAACGAGGAGGAACCAGACUUUAACAAAAAAGGAAGAAAAAGGAAGAUUGAGAUGAGGUUUGAGGUGAAUUUCGUUCCUUAACUACGGUACCAGACGGACUGAUGAAACCGAAAGCUGAGCCAAGUGCGGUUUUACACACACGAGAAAACAAAAAGCUCCUCCUUUGCACUUCCACUUCUUUGGUUGUUUGCUUGUUUUUUCUUAAAAGCUGUCUUUGCUUUUAGUUGGUGUCAUUCUCGUGGACUUAACCCUUGACCUCUGAGAGCCUGGGAGGCUGUCACGGCUGCAGUAACACGUUGAAGGACCACUUUGUUUUUAAAGAGGAGAAGCACUCCGAAAGUCUUUGCUGUUUAUUUAUAGACACACGGAAGCCUGUUUUAUUCCCCGUUUGUAUUAAUACGGUUUUUCACGUCGUCCUUGGUGCACAUGCUCGAAACUUAAAGGUACGUUUUAGCCCCCAAGUUUGUGCCUCUCAUGCAGCACCGUUACAUUGAGCUUCCUCUAAAAGACCUUUUUUAGAGGAACAGGCCAUUUAAAAACAUUUCCACACAAUCCUCAAAGACUCUUCUUGCAAUCUGGCUGAAGAAAUAUUCUGUCUGCUGCACAACACCUCCAAAGUUGUGACUGUAUUUAUUAAUCUAAACAAAAAUGGUAGCUGGAAAUGUCAUAUCUCCAGCUCAAUGUACAACAAUUUAUUUUAUUGUAGGGCUGUCAAUUGUGUCAAUUCCUGUGAAAAUGUACCUUAAAGGUAGAUUUUUUA